AUGUUCAGCCGAGUUAGAUUGCAGGAACAAGAUGCUAGAUAUCAUCGCUUUCUGUUGAAAGAGAAAAACAGUAAGGUCAUUGACACUUACCAGAUGAACAGAUUAGCCUUCGGUGAUACUUCGUCACCAUGCGAAGUAAUUUAUGCCACUCGCCGAACUGCUAAAGAUCAUGGACAAGGACAAGAAGACGCUGUGAAAGCUAUUAACGAGAACUUGUACGUGGACGACUAUCUUGACUCUGCAGAGACUAAGUAAAAAGCAAUCAAAAGAGGUCAGCAAGUAAAGGAGAUCUUAGCAAAGGGUGAUUUACAUUUAAGGAAGUGGACUUCCAACAUCCCGGAAGUGGUAUCUGAGCUUAGACAGGAAACGAAACCUGAUGUUGACAUUGUGACCAACCUUGUCGGACAUGAACCAGAAAAGAAAAUUCUCGGUGUAAAAUGGAACACUGAAACUGACGAACUUACAUUUGCAGUUGCACCGGUUGAAGAA